AUGACUGAGCCAGAACGUCUAUUUACUUUGGAUGAAUUUCUCUUGAAAAUGCAAAUAUCUCAAAAAUAUACCAGAGUAAUAUAUUUGGAUUUUCGCCGUGAUAAUGAGACACAACCGUUUCGUUUUAAAACAAUAAAAUUUCUGUAUGUGGCCAUCAGUCUAAUGGUGAUUGAUUGCAUUUGCAAUAUAAUGAAAAUUAUAAUCGAAAUCAGUUCGAAUCGUUUAAGUGAAGCUAAACAAAUCGGUGCUGUAUUCAGUAUUGAAUUCCUGUGUUUGGUGCGCGGUGUUUCGGUGUUGGCGAAAUAUAAUAGAAUCUUAGAUUUGACAAAUUGUUUGGAUAAAAUAUUUCCACGUAAUCUGGAACUGCAGAGGCGCAUGAACAUCAUGAAACUAGUGCGCUAUUUGGCAAUAAGACAUCGGAUUUUACAUGUUUACGCUAUAGUGGGUUUGACGGCUUUCAUUGGUCUGCCACUGCUCAAGUAUUUGGUUUUCUAUGAUCGUUCCAGUGGCCUGCCGUUGUUGGAUGAAUAUCAUCAACAUGCCUCUUGGUUUCCCUAUCAGCUGAAGCAAAGUAAUCGUGCCUAUCCCUACAUGUAUGUGUAUGAGACAUUUAUAACGAUCUUUGGCAUAAAUUGCCUCUUUACUUGGGAUCAUAUUUAUACGGUUACGGUGGCUCAAUUUGUCAUGCAUUUUGAUUAUAUUAAUGAUCAAUUGGAGGAAUUGGAUGCCAAGAAGACAUUAGAAGACAGCAGUUCAAAACAGUUCUACAGCAGUUUAAGGGAUAUUGUGAUAUAUCAUCAGCAUAUUUAUGAAUUGGGUGACAAACUGCGUAAAACAUUCAAUUUAUCGCUGUUCUUAACGGAUAUCGUAAGUGCCGCCUCAAUAUGUUUUCACAUCUAUUUGAUGGCCAACAGUGAUGACAUUCUUGCCAUAAUACUCUUCAUUUUCCCAUGUUUUGUGCAAGUUGCAUUUACUUUCGACAACUGUUACCAGGGCACCCGAGUAGCCGAAGCGAGUGCUCGCAUGCAAAUGGCACUUUUCGAACAAAACUGGUAUGAUGGAUCAUUGAAGUAUCGAAAAUUCUUUCCCAUGUUAGUGCUGUUCGCCAAUAAUUCAUUUACACUAAGUGGUUUUAAUCUCUUUAGCAUCGAUAUGGUUCAUUUUCGGGGGAUCAUGAUGAUUGCCUACAGAUUGUUUACUUUCCUACAGACAAGGGGUAAUAAGAAUUUUCGUUAG